AAGAUGGUGUACCCUUGCAUCCUAUUGUUAUCGAAUCUGCUACAAAUCAAUCGUUUGUUACUCGGAGAUUAAUAAAGGAGACUAUUCGCCUUCAAGUAUUCGAGUUAUUUCCUUAUAUAUGGGAUUUUUCAUCUCAAAUUAAAGAACAACGAUUAUAUAUAGAUCGUAAAACAAUGGACAUGAAUUCAUUAGAAAUCUUGAUUAUAUAUGGAUUAAAAAUGGAGGAUGAACUGAGAACAUUUCGUAAUGAAAUACAAGUUGCAAAAAUUCAGUAUGAAGAAAAGAAGAAACAUGAAAUUGAUACAAUAAAAAAGGAUUGUUAUAUAAUUUCAAAUUUAGCAUAG